CCAAAAAUUAAUUUAUUGGAGUUAUAAAUCCAUUCAUUGAUCAUAUAGGUAGUGUGUCCUGUGACGCCAAAACAACUCCUGACCUCCCAGUCUUGCAAAACACGCUGAUAGCUAUGGAGUCCAUCAGAGAGGCUAGCCAAAGGAUUGCAAGGAUAUCAGCUCAUCUCCAACCUCCAAAUUCCCAGACGGAGGAAAGCUGUGUUUUGAAGAGAGCUGAUUGCAGAGCGAAAGGAGGGGCACCAGGGUUCAAAGUCGCUAUCUUGGGUGCUGCUGGAGGAAUUGGCCAGCCUCUUGCGAUGCUUAUGAAGAUGAAUCCUUUGGUCUCUGUUCUUCAUCUUUAUGAUGUUGUCAAUACUCCUGGUGUCACUGCUGAUAUUGGUCACAUGGACACUGGCGCUGUGGUUCGGGGUUUCCUAGGGCAGCCGCAGCUUGAGAAUGCUCUUACAGGGAUGGACCUUGUGAUCAUACCUGCUGGCGUGCCAAGGAAGCCUGGAAUGACUAGAGAUGAUCUAUUCAACAUCAAUGCUGGGAUCGUCAGAACUCUUUGCGAAGGAAUUGCAAAGUGCUGCCCGAAUGCAAUUGUCAACUUGAUCAGUAAUCCGGUCAAUUCUACAGUUCCAAUUGCAGCAGAGGUUUUCAAGAAAGCUGGAACUUAUGAUCCAAAGCGACUUCUAGGAGUUACAAUGCUUGAUGUUGUGAGAGCAAACACAUUCGUGGCAGAAGUUCUGGGACUUCAUCCUAAGGAAGUUGAUGUUCCAGUUGUUGGAGGCCAUGCUGGAGUCACAAUUUUGCCUCUUCUGUCACAGGUUAAGCCUCCUUCCUCCUUCACCCCUGAAGAAACUGAAUACCUGACCAAACGAAUUCAAGAUGGUGGAACAGAGGUUGUUCAGGCGAAAGCUGGGGCUGGCUCUGCAACACUGUCAAUGGCGUAUGCAGCUGUUAAAUUUGCAGAUGCCUGCCUUCGUGGCUUGAGGGGAGAUGCUGGUGUUGUCGAAUGUGCAUUUGUAGCUUCUGAGGUGACAGAACUCCCAUUCUUCGCAACCAAGGUACGACUUGGCCGCAGAGGAGCCGAGGAAGUCUAUCAACUUGGUCCCCUAAACGAAUAUGAGAGGGUGGGGUUGGAAAGGGCUAAAAAAGAGUUGGCAGAGAGCAUUCAGAAGGGGGUUUCCUUCAUCAGGAAAUAGUUUCAAUCCAAGUAAAGCAAAUUACGCAGAGUUAAAUUAGUUUCUUGUAUCCGGACCAGUUGGAAAUCAACUCUACUGAAAAAUGAUAUUAGCCGAUACGAAACCCA